ACUGGUAACAGGGUGAUUAGGAGUUAGUGAGUGAGAGUUUGACAGAGAACAGUGUGUGAUUUCAGCUCAUCAGCCUGGUGAAUCUCUCCCCUCUACCCAGGGAGGAAGCACACUGAGACAGUGGUAUCAACCAGACUCUGACAGAGAAUUGGAAGAAAGUCAUGUAUUUACGCAGGCCAGAGACCCAGCCGUGAAGGACAAAAGGUGGUCUCCCCCUUCGGACAGGCCUCCCACCGCCCCCCACGCCAACCCUCACCACAGUGCCUCCCCAGAGGACCAGGAGAGCCCAGAGAGAGUGGUUCAGAAAGAGAAGCUGCAUGCAGAGCUGAAGCAGGUGCUGAGUCUGAAGAGAAGCCACCUGAAAGAGACGUCUCAUUUGGCCCAAGCAGAGAUGGAUUCUUCAACAGACGCCCAAGCAGUGGAGGAGGCUGCAUCUGAGGUGGUGGAGGUUGUGCUGGAGACAGAGGCUGAGGCUGGAGCCAGUGGCUACAGUGUCACAGGUGGAGGGGAGCGAGGCCUCUUCAUUAAGGACGUCCUUAAAGACUCCACUGCAGCAAAGCAUCUUAGCCUCCAGCAAGGAGAUCAGUUGCUCAGUGCAAGAGUCUACUUUGACAAUGUGAAGUAUGAGGAUGCCCUGAAGAUCUUGCAGUGUGCAGAGCCUUAUAAAGUCUCCUUUUUCCUGAAGAGGACCAUCACCGGCGCUGAUGUCACCAUGCACCCUGGCACCUCCAGCUUGGAACUGAAAGGACCCAAAACCAAGAUGCAGAAAAUGAGUGUCAAGAGCAUCAAACCUUUCAAAGCAAAGAAAAAGAAGGGAGGACGUUUUGGAUUGAAAAGGCUGAAGGAAAACAAGAAAGGGAGCACUGGAGCAGAGUUAGAGAUGGAGGGAUCCCCUUCCAAGGUGGAGCUCAACCCCAUUGAUGUGGAGUUUGCCUUCCCCAAGUUCAAGCUGGGGAAGGAUGGGAAGGCAGAGGGAGCUGAGCAGCAUGGAGGAGUGGUCGCCACUGGCAGGAAGAAGAGGACGAUAAGGUGUUCCAGGAUGAAAGCAAAUGGUGCUGAGGCGGCUACAGGAGAAGUUGACAUAACAGAACCAGCGGGACAGGCUGACGUCUCCCUGCCAGACGUGCCUGGAGCUAAGGUCAAAGUCAAAGGAAAGGGCCACAGGUUCGGAAUUCAUUUCCCUAAAACAAAAAAGACUAAAUCGGACACUGCCUUGUCUGGAGGGUCCCUGGACCUGAAACCUCCUGGUGUCAAAUUCACACCACCCUCAGUGGAAUUCAGUUUGCCAUCUGGAAACAAGGACGUUGACCUACAGAAACGAGAAGUGAAAGUCAAGGAGGAGUCAAAAUUGAUGCACAGAGAGGUAGAGCUUUCAUUAGGACUCCCCUCAGCCUGUCACUCUGAUGAAAUUGAUGGUGAGAUAAAAGCAAAAGGUUUAGCUGAAGGAGUUGAAGGGUCAACAGCCCUAUCUGGCAUUAAAAUGCCAGUUAUUGACAUCUCUGCACCCAACAUAGAUCUGCAGCUGGACACCCGGCGUACAGUGCCAGACGAGAUAGAGGGACCCUUUUUUAAAGGGCCAAAUAUAUCCAUGCCCAAAACUGACAUCGCAUUACCAAAGAUUGGAUCGUCUAACAUGGAUAUUGAAGGUCCAGAAAAGGGUGGAAAAAUUUUCCUGCCAAUUGUUGACAUUUCACUGCCAAAGAUGAUACCAGCAGAAGCAAAUGUUGAUGUGGAAGGACAAAUUGGAAAAGGAGGCAAGUUCAAAACGCCAACUUUCGAUGUUUCUCUUCCAAAAUUCAAGUCUCCAGAGGAGCAUACGAAUAUAGAGGGGCCUGAAGUCAAAGGGGAGUUCAACAUGCCAAAAGUUGACCUCUUACGCCCAAAAGGCAAAGCAGAGGGAGAGGUGGACAUUGAAGGAUACUUAGGAAAAGGAGGUCAAUUUCAGAUGCCCACAUUUGACAUUUCUCUACCAAAAAUGAAGUCAUCAGAGAGAGAAAGGAAUGUAGAAGUACCUGAAGUGAAGGGUAGCAAAAUGAAAAUGCCCUCUAUUGACAUAUCUCUCCCUGAAGGAAAAACAGAGGGGAAUAUUAACAUUGAGGGACAUUCUGGAAAAGGAGGCAAGUUCAAAAUGCCCUCAUGUGACAUUUCUCCUCCUAAAAUGAAGGGUGAUGCCAGUUUAGAGGGACCUGAAUUGAAAGGGGGAAAGUUUGAAAUGCCCCCACUUGAUAUUUCCCUUGCCAAAGGAAAAACAGAGGGUGAAGUCAACAUUGAUGCAAAUGUAGGAAAAGAAGGAAAGUUCUCUCUUCCAAAAAUAAGGUUACCAAAGGGUGACAUGAAAAUAGAAGGAUCUGAUGUGAAAGGCAUCACAUUUCAUAUGCCCACUAUAGAUUGUUCACUUCCAACAGGAAAAACAGAAGGUGACAUGAGCGUUGAAGGAGAUGCAUCUAAAGGAGGAAAGUCUCACAUGCCUUCAUUUGAUAUUUCUGCUCCAAGAGUAAAGUUACCGGAGGGUAAAGCCAAAGUAGAAGGACCUGAAAUUAAAGGUGGAAAGGUUGAGAUGCCAAAAAUGGAUGUUUCCCUUCCAAAAGGAAAAACAGCAGGAGAAGUUAACAUUGAAAGCCAUGUCAGUAAAGGGGGCAAGUUUAAGAUGCCCACAUUCGGCAUUUCUUUCCCGAAAUUGAAGUCACCAGAGGGUAAGGUCAACACAGAGGGACCUGAAGUCAAAGGAGGGAAGUUUAAAAUGCCUACAAUUGGCAUUUCACUACCAAAAGGAAAAUCGGAAGGUGACAUCAAUGUUGAAGGAGGUUCUGAAGCAGGAGGCAAAUUUCAUAUGCCCACAUGUGACAUUUCUCUUCCAAAAAUGAAGUCACCAGAUGCAGAUACCAGUUUAGAAGGACCAGAAGUCAAAGGAGGGAAGUGUCACAUGCCAACAAUUGACCUUUCCCUUCCCAAGGGAAAGGGAGCGAUUGACACUGAAGGACAUUCUGGAAAAGGAGGCAAGUUCCAAAUGCCAGCAUUCGAUAUAUCACUUCCAAAAAUGAAGACACCAGAUGGUGAAGUCAGCCUAGAAGUCCCUGAAGUCAAAGGGGGGAACAUUAAUAUGCCAACGAUGAACAUUUCUCUUCCAAAAGGAAAAAUGGAAGGUGAAGCUAAGGGACAUGCAAGCAAAGGGGGAAAACUUCACAUGCCCUCAAUUGACAUUUCCCUUCCAAAAAUGAAGUUGCCUGAAGGUGAAGUCAAAGUACAAGGCCCCGAAGCCAAAGGUGGAAACAUUGAAAUGCCAUCGACUGAUAUUUCUCUUCCCAAAGGAAAGAUGGAGGGGGAAAUUGACAUUGAAGGACAUUCUGGAAAAGGAGGAAGAUUUCAUAUGCCUACAUUUCAUGUUUCCCUUCCAAAAAUGAAGUCACUAGAACCAGAUGUCAGUUUAGCAGGACCGGACGCCAAAGGAGGGAAGUUUCAUAUGCCAACAAUGGACUUUUCCCUUCCCAAGGAAAAGGGUGAGAUUGACACUCAAGGACAUUCUGGAAAAGGAGGCAAGUUCCAAAUGCCAGCAUUGGAUAUAUCACAUCCAAAAAUGAAGACACCAGAAGGAGAAGUCAGCCUAGAAGGCCCUGAUGUGAAAGGUGGAAAGUUUAAAAUGCCAAAGAUUGAUAUUUCACUUCCAAAAGGAAAAACAGAAGGGGGAAUAAACAUUGAAGGACAUUUGGGGGAAAAAGGAAAGUUUCACAUGCCCACAUGCGACAUGUCCUUGCCAAAAAUGAAGUCAAAUGAUGGUGACAUGAAAUUAGAGGGGCCAGAAGUGAAAGGCAGUAAAAUACAUAUGCCUAAAAUUGACAAUUCUCUUCCAAAGGGGAAGGCAGAAUGUGAUAUUCAGGUUGACGGGCAUGGAGGUAAAGGCGGAAAGUUCCACAUGCCCUCAAUUGACAUUUCUCUUCCAAAAAUAAAGUUGCCUGAGGGUGAAGUCAAAGUAGAAGGCCCUGAAGCCAAAGAUGGAAAGUUUGAAAUUCCAACAAUUGAUAUUUCACUUCAAAAAGGAAAAGCAGAGGGAGAAAUUGACAUGGAAGGACAUUCUGGAAAAGGAGGAAAGUUUCAUAUGCCAAAGUUUGAUGUAUCGCUCCCAAAAAUGAAGCUCCCAGAGGGUGACAUCAAACUAGAGGGACCAGAAGGGAAAGGCAACAAAAUACAGUUACCUAACAUUGACAUUUCUCUUCCUGAAGGGAAAACUGAAGGAGAUAUUGAGGUUGAGGGGCAUGGUGGCAAAGGAGGCAAGUUUCACAUGCCCUCAAUUGACAUUUCCCUUCCAAAAAUGAAGUUGCCUGAAGGUGAAGUCAAAGUAGAAGGCCCCGAAGCCAAAGGUGGAAACAUUGAAAUGCCAUCGAUUGAUAUUUCACUUCCCAAAGGAAAGAUGGAGGGGGAAAUUGAUAUUGAAGUUCAUUCUGGAAAAGGAGGAAGAUUUCAUAUGCCUACAUUUGACGUUUCCCUUCCAAAAAUGAAGUCACUAGAACCAGAUGUCAGUUUAGAGGGACCGGACGUCAAAGGAGGGAAGUUUGAAAUGCCAAAGAUUGAUAUUUUACUUCCAAAAGGAAAAACAGAGGGAGAAACUGACAUUGAAGAACAUUCUGGAAACGGAGGAAAGUUUCAUAUGACCUCAUUUGAUGUGUCACUACCAAAGAUGAAGCACCCGGUGGGUGAUGUCAAAGAAGGCCUUGAAGUCAAAGGGGGGAAGUUUAAAAUGCCCAAAAUUGAAGCAGAGGUUAGGAGUGGAGUCAAGUUACCAACUGUUAAACUGCCAACAGUAGACGUAUCUGCACCAAAGGUUGACUUCAACUCUGGGCUGUCAAAAUCUGAAGGAGAUGAUAGGGAAGAGACGGAGCUACAAAAAGCAGAGGAUGAAAGGCCAUCCUCUGGGUCAAGUUUUGACAUGCCAGAUAUCUCUCUCAAAAUGCCAAGAUUUUCUCUCCCUAAAUUUGGUGGAAAGUCUAGUGGAGAUGUAAACCUAGAAGGAUAUGGCACAGAGGAUGAUAUUGAUAUUAGCCCCCCGCGAGCGGAUGGUGAGGGCAGACCAGCAUCAGCAGAAAUACGCGGAGAGGGAAAAAUAGAAGGUAAACUAAAGAAGCCCAAAAUGAAAAUGCCAAUGUUUGGAAUAUCUAAGAAAGAUGUAUCAAUAGCCAGCCCUGAUGUGGAAAUCAAGACAGAAAAGGGGAAAGUUGACAUUCCAAAGCCAGGAAUCAGUGUAGAACAUCCAGAGGACAAAGCAAAUAGAAAAUAUAGGCUAAAAUUCCCAAAGUUUAAGAAGUCAUCUCCUAAAGGUAAACUACCAGAGGGAGAAAUAGAUGUCUCAAUGGAUAGUGGAAUGGAAGGGAAAGGUGGCAUUCAUGCACCCGAUGAUACAAUCAAAAUGCCCAAGUUCUCCAUGCCAGGGUUUGGCUCACAGGAGAUAGACUUUGACAGUAGUGGACCCAGUGCUGAACUAGAUGUCACAGGAAAGGUAAAAAUACCAUCAGUGGAGAUAUCCCUGCCAGCUGCCAAGAAAUCUGAGCAAGAAGUGUUACUCCCAAAGGCUGAGGUGGAUGUGUCUGAGGCUGACAUCAGAGGUUAUGAAGGAAACCUGAAAAUCCCUAAAAUGCCAACUAUUGAUGUAUCAGCACCCAAAAUUGACCUUGAUGUAACUCUGCCUAAAAUCAAGCAUGAAACAAAAAUUGAGGGGGAGGGAGGCAAAUUUAAGAUGCCAAACAUCAAAAUGCCUGAUAUAGAUUUAUCACUUCCUAAAGAAAAAACUGGGAACAUUGAUGCAUCCAAGAUUGAAAUUGAAGGAAGGGGUGGAAAAUUCAAGAUGCCUGUCAUUAAAAUGCCAAAGGUUGACAUAUCACUUCCAAUAGGAAGACAUAGAGCAAUGGAUGUAUCCACAGUGGAAAUUGAAGGAGAAGGUGUAAAAUUCAAGAUGCCACAUAUGGAAAUGUCAAAUGUUGAUAUAUCAUUUACCAAAGGAAAAAGUGGAGGGAUUGAAGGGCCAGAGAUGGAAAUUGAAGGAGGGGGCGGAAAUUUCAAAAUGCCACAUAUGGAAAUGCCUGUGGUAGACUUAUCACUUCCAAAGGGAAAGUAUGGAGACAUAAGUGCACCAGAAAUGGAAAUGGAAGGAGGAGGAAAAUUCAAGAUGCCACAUAUGAAAAUGCCAAAUAUUGCCAUAUCACUUCCCAAAGGAAAAAGUGGAGAGAUUGAAGGCCCAGACAUGGAAAUUCAGGGAGAUGGAGGAAAAUUGAAGAUGCCACAUAUGAAAAUACCAACGGUAGACUUAUCACUUCCGAAGGGAAAGUCUGGAGACAAAAGUGCACCAGAAAUUGAAAUGGAAGGAGAUGGAGGAACAUUCAAGAUGCCACAUGUAAAAAUGCCAAAUAUUGAUUUAUCACUUCCCAAGGGAAAAAGUGGAGAGAUUGAAGGACCAGAGGUGGAAAUUGAAGGAGAGGGUGGAAAAUUCAAGAUGCCACAUAUGAAAAUGCCAAAUAUUGAUGUAUCAAUUCCAAAAGGAAAAAGUGGAGAGAUUGAAGGACCAGAGGUGGAAAUUGAAGGAGAGGGUGGAAAAUUCAAGAUGCCACAUAUGAAAAUGCCAAAUAUUCAUAUAUCCCUUCCAAAAGGAAACACUGGUGAUGUUAAUCCAACUGAAUCGGAAAUUGAGGGAGAUGGAGGAAAAUUUCAGAUGCCACAUAUGAAAAUGCCAAAUGUUGAUAUAUCACUUCCAAAAGGAAAAAGUGGAGACAUCAGUACACCAGAAAUGGAAAUGGAAGGAGGGGGAAAAUGGAAGAUGCCACAUAUGAAAAUGCCAAAUGUUGAUAUAUCACUUCCCAAAGGAAAAGGUGGAGAAACUGAAGAACCAGAAAUAGAAAUUGAAGGAGGGGGCAGAAAAUUGAAGAUGCCACAUAUGAAAAUGCCAAAUGUUGAUAUAUCACUUCCAAGAGGAAAAACUGGAGAGAUUGAAGCACCAGAGAUGGAAAUUCAGUCAGAGGAAGGAAAGUUCAAAAUGCCAAAGGUAGAUAUAUCACUUCCGAAAGGAAAGUAUGGAGAAAUUAGAGCACCAGAAAUGGAAGUCAAAGGAGGAAAUUUCAAGAUGCCACAUAUGAAAAUGCCAAAUAUUGCCAUAUCACUUCCAAAAGGAAAAAGUGGAGAUGUUAAUGCACCUGAAUUGGAAAUGGAUGGUGAGGGUGGAAGAUAUAAGAUGCCAGAAAUCAAACUGUCAAAUAUAGAUAUUACAAUGCCAAAGGGAAAUUCUGGUGACAUUGAUGCUGAAAUCAAACAGCCCAACGCUGAGGCAGAAGGAAAGAUAAAAAUGCCUUUGAUUGGUUUACCAAAGUUUACAACUCCCGACCUUGAUUUGGACAUGAAUGUUGGAAACCCCAACCAUGAAGCUGAGGUUCAUGGGAAAAGUUCAGACAAAACUGGUUCACAUUCUGAGGGAGACCAUAAGACGAAAAUCAAAAUGCCAACAAUAGACAUAGAGUGCCCAAAAGGAGAUCUGGAGCUGGAUAUAGGCUUCCAUAAAGCUGAGGGAAAGAAGGACAGAAAAAUAAUAGAGUUGCCUGACUUAGACCUUAAAACUUCUGGUACCAAAGGUAAGGGGCCAAAAGUCAAAAGCACCAAAUUCAAAAUUGGAUUGCCAAAAAUGAAGAACACUGGAGAUCAAGCAUUAGAUGCAACCACAAAGAAGACUGGGAAAGAGAAUGAAGGGGCCAGUGGUAGAUUUAUGAUUAAGAAGACAAAGCUUGGCAAAGGUGCAGAUGUGGCGGCAGAUGCGAAGGCAGUUGGUUCGGUGUUGCCAAACAUCUCCCUCCCAGAUGUGGGCUUCUCAGUAUCCAAAGGAGCCAGCCAAGAGGAUGAAGGUCAUGGUCCAGAGAUGAGUGCGAAAUUGCCAAAAUUCAAACUCCCUAAUGUGGAGAUCUCAGGUCCUUCAAUGACUGGCCAAGGAGGAGCACAAAUCAACAGUGGACAACAAGAAAACAAAGAUGGUAUCAAGGUUCAAAUGCCAAAAGUUACUCUACCGUCUGUGGGGCUGAAGAGCAAACAAGGCUCUGCCGAGCCCACUGGCACAGAUGCCGGCACAGAGAAUGGAUUCACAUUACCUAAUCUUGGAAUCAAAGUCCUCAAAAUACCAGAUAUAGACUUUGAUAUUGGAGCAUCUCAAGCUGAGGACCAAGGGGCAGAUACAAGUACAAGACAAAAAAUCAAAAUACCCAAGUUCGGGGUGGCUUUACCUGCUAUGUCUUCACCUGAAGCUAGAGUACAUUUGAAGGACCCAGAGGUUGAGUAUGAAGGACCUAAAAUGCCCAAAGUUAAAAAAGCUGUAUUUGUUUUGGUGAAUCCCCAAACAGACCACUCCACUAUGUCCACUAUGUGUGAAGCAAGUGUCGAGUCUGGAGAGGCUAAAAUCAGAAUGCCAAAGAUCAAAAUGAAGCCAUCGUUUGGAAAGUCAGGAUCCAAGGAAAAGAGUGUUGCUUUGAGCAUUGAAGGAGAUGUGGAUAGAGAUGACAAGUCAAAGGGAGCAAAGCAAAAGAUUCCCAAAGUCACCUUCUCUCCAGGCAAAACAGGUUCAUUUGAUGUAACCCUAAAAGGUGAGGGGUCUAGUUCCAGCCUCAAUGGUGAGAAGGUUUCAACAUUCCAGAACGGAUCCAAGGAGGAUAAAGCUACGUUUGUGAAGCUCAAGCUUCCAAAGAUUGAGUUCUCCUCGCCAUACUCAAAAAUAGGCAGUGGAGAAGAGGACCUUGAAAUGAGUGCUAAGCUUGUCAAGGAGUCCUCAGGAACUGACGGAGAAACCAAGAGGAAGAAAGUGAAAUCAGGCAAAAUGUCCUUCCCGGGAUUUAAGAAGAAGACGUCAAAAGGAGAGGAGGAAACUCAAGACAGUGUGGUGUCCUCAUCGGCCAGGACAGAAAUGCUAGAUCAGGAUAGUUCAGAAUCAACAACGCCCAUGGUCUCCAUUGGCUUUGUUCCAGGGAAGUCUAGGGGGCAGGCAGAGGCUGAGAGCAGCAAGAAGGAGCUGGAAGGAAAGCAGUCAACCUGGUUCAAGGCCCCCAAAUUCAACCUGAAACCCAAAACAACAGGAAUUCUCCUCAUUACACCAGAAGGUUCUCCCCAGGGCAGCAGAUCCUCGCUCCAAUGCCAGGGUGUAGAUGAAACUGCAGGUACCUUCCGGCUCCAGAUGCCAAGCACGAGGUUCUCCACGCAGGAGGUGUCUGAGGAGAAUGUUACCACAACAAAGGAGGGAACCGUAACUGUGGUAACAAAGACGACAAAAAAUACGGUAACAGAGUCCAGAACUGGUCAAACCCACACAUCGCUAUCCCAUUGUAAUCACUGAAGUCCGAAGAGAUGUGAGAGUAAUAUAUUUUCCCUCUGUCCUGAUGUGACGACUGUUUUUUGUAAAUGUUCCUUCAUGUUUUCCUUCUAUUUCAGUCUUUAUCGUCUUUGAUCAUUUGAGUGGUUUAAAUCUGAAUGUCAAUUCAUUAUGUAUUGUUGAUAUCUUUUUUUAAUGCAAAAAUACCACACAUUUUAAUUUCCCAAAGGAAAUGUCUAUUUUCAAUGCCUUCCCAUUUGAUAUACCAACAUUUACUUUGGCAUGAUUGUAGAAUUAGACUGACAAAGAACACAAACCAAUUUACCAAAAGCAAUUUGUAUGUAAAUACAUUGACAUGUUGCCUGCUUACUUAAUGAAAUAUGUAAUUAUUUUCAUAUUACCGAUGAUUGGAAUAGUAUUAAGGAUAGUAGAGAUUUGUGUUAAUGUAACUGAGGCUUCAGGAUGGAGUGAGAUUUGUGGUUUAAUCAUUUACUUACUUCAGCUUGUUUUUUUCUUUUUGAUAUAUGAAGAUUUUUUGUAAUUAUACCAUACAUUGAAAUGUAAGAUUUAAAGGCUUCUACAAUGCAAUCCAUUUCAACACUCUCUAUGAGAAUCAAGCUAAGUAGACAAAACCUAAAAGAAUAGGAAACUAUCAUCUGAUAUUUAAGCCAUGGUUUAAAGAAGCAGAUUGAAAUAUUUCAAAAUGAAUGCAAAUCCUCUUGGACAAAACAAUGUCUCAAUGUCUCCAAUUUCCUUUUCUUUUUUGGUGAGUUAGAAAGUAGGAAUUCAAUGUGUGUGCUCUACUGCAUGGGAAGAGUCCCAGCAAUCAUCUGUCAAACAAGUUUACAAAGUUUUCCUUAACCAGAUUUAAUGCCUGUUGGAGCUGAAAAUUU